GAGGAGGACGUGUUAGAGGCACCGGGAGAACCCGAAGUAGGCAGAUUAUCACCGGCUUCGUGGAUUAUCACAUGUGGUCAAGUGCCAGUGCUACAAUGAUAUAAAGGACAAUCACCCCCCCGUUCACCCUCAAGUGUGAAGUGAUCAUUUUUUUUUUUUAAUCAAUCAAUUUUUCAAUCCCCCAUUGCUACCACAAGACUUCAUUAUCUGGACAGAAUAACGUGAUAAUAAAGUACUCAUUGUACUCAUUGUACUUAUCGUACUCGUGCGGUAAAAACAAGCCGGGGAAAGAGAGAGAGCUAACGUCAGUGGCCGGGAUGCGGCACGCGGAGCUUCUCAGCUCCAGAUAACACGUGGCCAUUCCACACACUCCAAUCUCAUCAGGUUAACGCGUUUCAGCGUGAGAGGCUGAGACCACUAGAAUGCCAGGGGUGUGGAAGCUGCUACGCAUCGUCAUCAUCUACAUGGUGGUUGGAAUGGAGUACGUCAUUGGUAGCGGUGACAUCUGGCCGUUGGAGAGGCCAGAGGGCAUGCCUGCCAUUCAAUCACUGGAAGUGAUGUGCGGCAAGGACCAUAUGGACGUACAUUUGUCAUUCUCCCAACCGUUCGAGGGCAUCGUAUCCUCGAAGGGACAACACGCCGACCCGAGAUGCGUCUACGUCCCCCCAUCAACAGGGCAAGCCUUCUUCUCAUUUCGAAUUGCCUACGCAAGGUGCGGGACAAAGCCUGAUAUGCAUGGACAAUUCUACGAGAACACAGUGGUCGUGCAGUACGACAAGGACCUCCUGGAGGUCUGGGAUGAAGCCAAGAGAUUGCGAUGCGAGUGGUUCAAUGACUACGAGAAAACCGCAUCGAAACCUCCGAUGGUCAUUGCCGAUCUCGACGUUAUUCAACUUGACUUCCGAGGUGACAAUGUGGAUUGCUGGAUGGAAAUUCAGCAUGGCAAGGGCCCAUGGGCACCACCAGUUUCCGGGAUCGUACCUCUUGGGUCAACUCUUACUCUGGUUGUUGCAAUUAAUGAUUACAGAGGGGAGUUCGAUAUGCGUGUGAAAUCAUGCGUGGCAUCGGACGGAGGUGGACACACGAUUCAGCUCAGCGAUGAGCUCGGUUGCGUGCUGAGGCCAAAGAUGAUUAGUCGAUUCUUGAAAGCACGUGGCUCAGACGAUCGGGCGACUGUCAUCACUUACGCUUUCUUCCACGCCUUCAAGUUCCCGGACGCACUUAGCGUGCAUAUCAAGUGUAAGGUUGAAAUAUGCCGACACGGUUGCUCGGAUCACUGUCAACUCAGCGGAGCUCCCGGUCAUUAUAUUCAAGACCGCAAGGAUCAUCCGGCUAGACCGCUCUACACACAGACAACUCAAACAACAACUGUUCACGAGGAAGACGCAUCACUUUACGACGACAUUAUACAGAAUGGCGAUGAGAUGGCAUCCAUCGGCGGUCAAUUCCUCGGGGUUGAGAAAUCCGCACCCAAAGCACAAGCGCAAAUGGCUAAUCGCAAUUCCGACAGUGCAACUGUUGAUAUUCAGAAGGAGAAUGUUCUAGAGGAACUCAAAAUUACUCAUCCAUUUUUGGACCCCCCACGAGUGACAUCCUACCGAGAUGAGGAGGAGUUUCCCCACGGACCGCGAAAUCUGGAAGGCGGUGAUACAACAAUAAAUCCGUUGAAGUCGAGUACAUCUCGAAAGCGUCGUUCCCUGAAAAUAUCAGAUCGCAAGGCACGUUCAGCAGACGUUGGCGUGAGUGGUAUCUACGAGGUCAUAUCCGAGGCAGACUUGGCAUUCAGCCCAGACAGCCAUGCCGAAGCGGUCACCGUGUUUCAGGGUAGAAUACGAGAGGAGGUCGUGUACGGAAUUUGCCUGCCAAUGCCAGGUUUCAGUGCUUUAUUCAUCAUAGUCGCUCUGUCGGCGGUGAUAUCUGCCCUAGUUGCUGGCGCUAUGCUGCAUAGACUCCAGGUGCAACGUGAAGCAGCUGAUAAUCAGAAGAAUCAGGUGGUGGUUGCUAAUCGGGGCUGGUUGCCAUACGGUUUGCUGCGAGUCAGAUGUACGCAGCGCGAGCAGAGGAUCCAGAAGACACAAGUCAGCCCGGGGAAUUCCAUCGAACGCGGUUGAAGACUAGCCCAUGCACUAGGACAGUUGAUCCUCACAGCAGUGAAAUGACGUGAAAAAUGUUGAUGGGACAUUUAAUGGUGUGGUUCUAUGUGGAAACUAUUCCCUUCUGUUCUCUUUCUCCUUCAAUUAUUCAGUUAUUUAUCUAUUUAUUUUUCUUAUACGCCCUGAAAACCCAUUGCCAUUUUAAAAAUCUACUCAAUAUAUUUGGUAAUAUCGUAAAAUUACAGCUCUUCGGCGGUUUAUCGAAGUAUAAGUUGGAUGUGAAGGCAAGUGCCAAGUGAGUGGUGAGAAAAAAUUCUCGUGUGCUGAAUCACUAGUUCCAUGACCGAGCAAAAUACCUGAAUGAUUUUCAAUGAGGAGAAUAAAGAGGAUGAACUGUCCUAGGAUUAAAAAGUUUAUCCACAGAGACAAUGUGCAAUACGGUGUACAAAGUAUUCUAAGUGUUUUCUAAUGAGUUUUUCAUCGGAGGUUUUUAGAGGCUGAAUGUUUCCAUAAGAUCAUCUGCACCUCGAGAUUCUCUCAUUUUUAAUUCUAGUUAAGAAUUAAUGGCUUUGGGAAGUGCUACUACAGGAGAAAGAUUCUCAUCUGCUCGAACAUUUUCUCCCUUCCCUCAUCCUGUGCAUUAUAUAUUUAUAUAUUAUUUUUACAAUUGUUCGGGACUUGGAGUCGAGUCUCAACUGCGGUGCUUUGAAUUCAUUUAUUCCAAUGAAACCAUUAUACCGUACUUUUGUUAUUUCUUCACGUGGGAUCAAUCCCUUCCUUGUGAAUUAUUGAUUACUGUAAUGAUCAUUCAAUCGUAUAUAGACAACAUUAUAUAAUAAAA